GAGCUGAACACAGCUAAAAUUAGCCUAUUGAUGUAAGCCGGUGUUCCACUAACACCCGCACACACCCCAGUGCAAGUCAAUAAGAGUGCGAGACAAGGACAAAUCAGGCCGGAUCGAUCUACCUAAAGUAACCUCUUCCUCUGUACAGGUAGAACUCAAGACACACGCCGAUCUAACAGCACUACUGGGAUUCUCAUUUAACCCAACAUGUCACAGUUCAGCAGUCUUUCAGUGCGUGAGAGGACGAAGCAGGCAGCUGCUCUUUGCUAUGAGGUCCAUGGUGGUGCCAACGGUGUUACGAUGGACCUAGGAAAGAAACUUUCCACUCCAAAAGACAUCAUGCUGGAGGAACUCUCUCUCCUCUCAAACCGAGGGUCGCGCCUUUUUAAGAUGCGACGGCGGAGAUCAGAGAAAUACACGUUUGAAAGCAUUCAGAAUGAAGCCAAUGCCAUGUUUAAUGUAAGUAGCAUCUACACAGAUACACUGCACCAUCCUGAGGAGAUAAACAGGAGGGUGGCCACACCAUAUGGUGGUUUUGAAAAAACCCCACGAGGGAUCACCUUUAAGCUUCCGGAGGUGGACUUGAAUGCUCCUCGAUACCCCGAGCUCCAGGAUCCUGCAGCCAAGCGACCCAUUUUCAACAGGACGGCCCAGGGCUGGAUCUCCGACGGCACGCCUCUCAUUUUACCCACCGUCUCUCUGGAGCCUUUUGAGAUCCCUGAGUCUGACGAUCUGUAACACCGAUUCAAGCCCUUCUUCUUACUCAAUCCUGAUGAGCCUGAGUGUGGUAUAGGGUGUGUGUAGACGUGUAAAAGCAAUA